CUCAUCAACGAUUCAACGCGCUCACUUUCAAAAGGUGCCCUCGACCUUCAUGCCAUUGCCCACAACAACAUCCCUAAAGCACCCCGGAAAGCGACAUGAUGACCGUAGACGCAUCCAAAAAGCUCACCGUCGAUGAAUACGACAAGCUCUCCGAAUCCGAACGUACAGAAUACGACGCCGCCCGCAAGAAGCUCGAGGAGGACGAACAGAGUGCCCUCCCAUACAAAUGGCGCCAAACCCUCCAAGACGUGGACGUGACCGUGCAGCUGCCAAAAGGGACCCGCGGGCGUGAUCUGGCUGUUACGAUUGGGAAAAGAUCGCUGAAAGUUGGGUUGAAGGGUGCUGAGCCUAUCAUGGAGGGAGAGCUAUGCAACGACAUAAAGCUGGAGGAGAGCACAUGGCUGAUUGAAAACGGAGAACUAGAAAUCCACCUCGAAAAGAUCAACAAGAUGGAGUGGUGGAAGCACGUCCUGACACAUCACCCCGCAAUCGACACAACGAAGAUCCAGCCUGAGAACUCGAAAUUGGGCGACUUGGAUGGCGAGACGAGGGGGAUGGUUGAGAAGAUGAUGUUCGACCAACAGCAGAAACAGAUGGGUAAACCAACCAGCGACGAGCAAAAGAAGGCAGAGAUGCUGAAGAAGUUCCAGGAUGCGCACCCCGAAAUGGACUUCAGCCAAGCAAAGUUCGCCUAAACGAUAGCGGGAGUUACGCGCAUCGAGUGUAAAUAGGGGAAAUAGGUUUAGGUCAGAGUAUUCAGAAUAUAUUUGGUAGCUGUAACUACCAGUCUCAAUC